AUGAAACGCUACUCCAAGAGCAUUUGGCGGAAAUUCAAAGGCAAAGAGGAUGGUAAACCUUCAUCCGCGGUCUCUCCCGUGGCCUCCAAUGAGGCCUAUGGCGCUCAAAAUCCUGAAAGGUCACCCGCCACAACGCAACAAAUAGUGGAGGUGAAAGGAACCGACUUAUGGCAGAUAGCUUAUGAGGAUUUGAGUCCAGCCGACAAAGGGGUGCUUGCGGGCACUCGAGAAGUUGAACGACCGUCUCUUCACCGUAGCAGGACUUUGGAGGUAGUGGAUGAUGUUAUCGAGGCGACGAAGAAGCAGUAUGAGGAGUAUCAGAAGGGAGGGCUGAAAAUUAGGAAGGGAGCAGAUAAAGACGCCAUUAACGUUCGUGAUAUUGCACACAAAAUCCUGAAUGCUACAUUGUCGUUUAGGGGAAUCGCGGGCGUGCUCGUGAGUGGCGAUCAAACUGGCACUGCAUCCAUUGCUUGGGGAAUUGUCUUGCUCGGAUUGACCGAGCACUAUCACGAUAGCCGUUAUGAAACACAGGACAAGGUUGAGAUCGCCAUCAUCCAAGUCUACAAAGGCAUCCUACGCUAUACAGCGCAAGUGUACCGGAUGCAACGGGCCAAUGUGGGCGAGAGGUUACUGGAGAGCCUUUUGCCAGUGACAAAUCACCCACUCAAAGAGAUUGAAGCAACAAUAAGAGGCGACGAGGCAAGGCUGCGCCAAUGGGUUAGGCAUGAUGAGCAUUUACAGAGUCGAGCAAAGGCCGAAGAGCUGCUUAGCCGGAUAGACGAGUUCAUCGUACUGCUGAAAAACCUGCACCGGAAAUUCGAUCUCUAUAACCUACCGGAUGCCGAAGGAGCUUCAUUUGACUCAUAUCAAAACCAGCACGAGGAGGAGUGUCUUCCCGGCACAAGGGAGGAUCUUCUCCAGCAAGUCAGUGAGUGGGGAAGUUGCUCAGAUGGGCCCUGCAUCUUCUGGUUAAAUGGGAUGGCAGGGACUGGAAAAUCGACAAUUUCACGUUCGUUGGCCCAACGUCUCAGGGACAAGGGGCAGCUUGGAGCGACAUACUUUUUCAAAAGGGGGGAGGGUGACCGCGGGCAUGCGAAGAGAUUUGUUUCGACAAUUGUAAGACAACUCAUUGCCGCAAUCCCCGAUCUCGCAGUUGGCGUCUCGAAGGCUAUCGAGGAUGAUCCAGACAUAUCAAGGCGCGGUUUCAGGAUUCAGUUCGAAAAGCUUCUUCUCGAGCCCUUAGGUGAACUGGAGGAUGGCCAAAGUCUGAGGAGAUUCGUGAUCGUGGUAGACGCACUGGAUGAAUGCGAAGAAGAGCAGGAUAUAAGCCUUCUGCUGCAGCUUUUUCCUCGUAUUCAGGAGUCAAAGUCUGUUCAGUUACGGGCCUUCAUUACCAGCCGCCCGGAAUUACCAAUACAGCUCGGCUUUCAGGAGGAUGCUAUCAAAAGCAGCCACCGGGAUCUUGUUCUCCACAAGAUUCCUAAGCCGGUGAUUGAGCAUGAUAUAUCAUUGUUCUUUAGACACAAAUUGGACAUGAUUCGGAAGUCUCGGUCACUACCCCCGGAUUGGCCUGGUGACAGUAACUUCCAGGAACUGGUCAAAAUGUCAGUUCCGUUAUUCAUCUUCGCCGCAACAGUGUGUCGUGUGUUUCAAGACCAUGACCUCGAUCCCGUACAAAGUCUGUGUGAGAUCCUAGAAUUUCAAAAUGAGGAGUCAAAAUUGGACGGAACAUAUCUCCCGGUGCUACAGAGACUAUCGACUCAUAACGGGAAGCGAAAACAGAUGAUUGUGGAUGAAUUUCGCGAAGUGGUGGGCACUAUCGUGAUUCUCGAGUCACCCCUCUCAGUAGCCUGUCUCUCAGAGAUCCUGGGUAUUCCACCGAGAGUGAUAAACAUCCGACUACGCCGACUGCAUGCAGUGCUAAAUAUACCGGAUAGGGAUACCAUGCCAGUGGGACUCUUCCACCUGUCGUUCCGGGACUUUCUUCUGAACCCGGAAACUCGGGAGAAAACCGAAUUCUGGAUAGACGGGGGCCAGACGCACCAGCGACUAGCAAAAAGGUGUCUUGAGGUUAUGCAACGCAAGCUCAGGAAAAAUAUAUGCGGUCUGCCGUACGAAGGAUUCGAGCGGUAUGAUAUCUCCGCAAAUGUCAUCCGUGACAACAUACCACCGGAACUGGAAUACUCCUGCAGGUACUGGACGUUGCAUCUGGCACACGGCAAUAAUCUAUCGUCAAUCUUGGAGGAGACCCAUUCCUUUGUCCAGGCACACUUUCUCCACUGGGCUGAAGUAAUGUGCGUCCUUGGAUACGCAUCUGAAAUUGUGGGAAAUAUCGAAACGUUACGAAAGCUCAUUGAGAAACAGGAAGGAUCUGCAAUAUCCAGCUUCCUUUACGAUGCCCUCCGCUUCAUGCUAAAGUGUCGACGUAUAGCUGAUAUAGCACCACUUCAGCUGUACUGUUCAGGGCUGAUAUUCGCGCCAUCACAGUCAAUUAUCAGAAGAGCAUAUGAGAUGCCCAGAUGGAUAAGCAGGCUACCAGAGGUAGAAGACACAUGGAACGCGGAGCUGGAAACGAUUGAGGGCCACAAACGCUUUGUUGUUCGGGCGGUAACCUUUUCAAGGGACGGCAAAUGGCUAGCAUCUGGCUCUGAGGAUAACACUAUUAAGAUAUGGGACGCGGCUACCAGUACUCUGCAGCAGACCCUCGAAGGCCACGAUGACUCGGUCAUCUCAAUAGCCUUUUCGCCAGACGGCCGAAAGCUAGUGUGUGGAUCCUGGGAUCGUACUGUCAGAGUCUGGGACCUGACGACUAGCACGCAUCAGACGUUGAAGGGUCACGAGCACUAUGUAUACUCGGUGUGCUUCUCACCAGACGGUUGCAGGGUGGCAUCAGGCUCUUACGAUUACACCGCCAAGAUUUGGGAUCUAACGAGCUGCACACAUCAGACUUUGAAGGGGCAUGACCACUGGGUUUACUCGGUAGCCUUUUCGCCAGACGGUCAGUGUUUGGCAACCGGCUCUUGGGAUAAAACCGUAAAGAUUUGGAAUACAGCAAGUGGAGCGUUGCAGGAUACAUACAAAAUGGAAAGAGUGGUUAGUUACCUAGCCUUCUCUCCAGAUGGACGACUGGCAGUCUCGGAUGGCGCGGUCAUGCUCUGGGACAUAGCAACCGGGACUGUGCAGCAGACCCUUGGGGUAAUGCAAGAUCGCGCCGCAGCGCUGAACUUCUCACAAGAUGGGCGACUCCUGGCGUAUUAUUCAUCGACAAAUACGACCUGUAGUGUAAAGGUGUGGGACGUGUCCACUUGUACUCUACGACACAUGUUGGAGGGCCAUAGCGGUGCAGUUCACGGCGUGAGCAUCUCACCCGAUAAGCAGCGGCUGGCUUCGGGAGCCUACGAUGCGACUAUUAAACUCUGGGACCUGAAUACCCCUCUCUGUUGGCCAUCGUUUGGGGAACGGGAGUAUACUGCUGAAAGCCAUGGCUUUUUAAGUUCUAUGGCCUUCUCCCCAGAUGGAAGAUGGCUAGCAUCUGGCGGGAGUGGAGAUACCGUCAAAAUCUGGGAGCUAGAGACCAGGCUAUGGGGAUCGGCACACGAUGCACUGCGCCAUACGCUUGAAGGUCAUAGGCGUUCCGUCUUUUCGCUGUCGUUCUCGCCGGAUGUGCGACAGUUGGCUUCUUCCUCUACCGAUGGCAUCAUCAAGAUCUGGGAUCCGGUCACGGGGUCUCUGCAGCAUACCCUGGAGGGACAUGAACGGGGUGUUUACACAGUUAUAUUUUCACCAGAUGGUCGAUGGCUGGCAUCUGGUUCCGAUGAUAAAACGGUUAGACUCUGGGACCCGGCCACAGGUACCUUACUGCAUAUACUCAAGCACCCUUCGUGGGGCUGUAGAUUGGUGGCCUUUUCUGCAGAUGGACGCUGGCUAGCCACUGGGUCGGACCGCAUAGUUAGGAUCUGGGAUCCUGCUACUGGCACCCUACAGCACACUAUCGACACGCAAAAACCCUUCGCUAAGCUUGUAUUCUCUAGUGAUGGACAGUCUGUGGAGACUAGUCAGGGGGUGUAUGAUCUACCGCCGUUGUACCACAGUGCUCCUCUUAAGCCCGAGUCUGGAUUAGAGUUGCGCGUGGAAAAUCGCGAAUGGGUCACUCUACAAGGCAAGAGGAUACUUUGGCUGCCCACUGACUAUCGUGUGAGGCACAUGAUUAUAAGAGAUGGAGUACUUGCUCUAGGACAUGGGUCGAAGGGACCCAACCGAAGAUCCAUCACCCUCAUGAAAUUCUGUCAGUGAGGUGUAGCCAAGUGUUGGGUUUGUUGGUGCUCGCUUUCUAGGUACCGCGGCUGAACCGGGCACAAAUAGCAAACAAUAGUGGAUAAGG